UCAGUCUCGUAGUCGUCUGCAUUUUCCUUGUUGCUGCUGAAGCUCUGCCCAGCCCGUUCUCGCUUUGGCUUUGCGCAGAAAAUGUAAGAUCUCGAGCUUUUGAAAACGAGUGCAUGACAUAUGAGCUGCUCCCCCCGUCGCACGGAUUAUUAAAGAGGACUAUUAAAGAGGGAGCGACCCGCCUCGUCGCUCCAGGAGCUGUGGAACCUGCAGGUCUUGUCUGGGCCUGUUCACCACUGCAGGGUUUGUGCACAGAGACUGGGACUGUGCUAUGGCUCUGUUGACUCUGCACCGGACCCCAUCCAUUUCCACAUCUCCAGAUGACACUUUCCAAAGAAGAGGGAGGCUUCAAAAAAGGGAGAGCUUUGCCCUAGUAAAGGGUGCUGUCCUUCUGAUCGAAGAUGAGCCGAGUGAAGGGGAUUCAUCUCCUCCUCUCACUUCUCCAACAAAACAGAAUGACAAAGUGUCAAAUGCACGACACAAACAACUGCAUGCAAUGGUUGAGCUGCUCCGACCAGAGGACACCAUUAAACUGGCUGUGCAGCUGGAGUCUGUUAACCCUGUUAGAGUGAGGUACCUGAUCAUUGUGUCCACUCUGGGAAACAAAGACGAAAGCAUUCUUCUGGGCAUGGACUUCCCCAAUGCAGAUAGCGAUCAGUGCACCAUCGGCCUGGUUCUGCCCAUAUGGAGUGACACGCAGGUGUACUUGGACGGAGAUGGUGGUUUUAGCGUAGCUUCAGCUGUGGAAACCAGAAUAUUCAAACCAGUGUCAAUGCAAACUAUGUGGUCUGUGCUGCAGGCGUUGCACGGAUGCUGUGAGCGGGCAGUGAACGCAGCGCUGAUCCCGGGAAAUGGGCUGGAGUGGGCCGAUCAUUACCAGCGGCACAUUGAGUCUGAUCGGUUCUGUCUAAAUGAAUGGGAGGCAAUGGAUGACCUGGAGUCAGUCAGGAAAGAUAGCAGUGGAUCAAGUAAUGAAGACAGACUUUGCAAAGAGAAGCUCAUCAAGGAUCACCUCAGAGAGAUCAUGAUGACUGAAGACCUGGACAACCUCACAUGUCGAAUGAUACAUAAUGCUCUCAGCACCAAAGUUGGCUUCGACAUCAGACCCUUCAAAGAGUACAUUGACAAUGAAAUCCUUGUCACCCUGGCUCAGAUGGACAAACCCUCUCAAAUCUUUGACUACCUUUAUUUAGGCUCUGAGUGGAAUGCAGCAAACUUUGAAGAGCUGCAGAAAAACAAUGUUGGGUACAUUCUGAAUGUGACCAGAGAAAUUGACAACUUCUUUCCUGCAUCAUUCACUUAUAUGAACAUCAGAGUGUAUGACGUAGAGGAAACUGACCUGCUGUCGCACUGGUCUGAUACAUAUAACUUUAUCAACAAUGCCAGAAAAAGUGGACAGGCAGUGUUUGUACACUGUAAAAUGGGAAUAUCCCGCUCUGCUUCCACUGUGAUUGCUUAUGCCAUGAAGCAGUAUCGAUGGGCUCUAGAUGACGCACUGGCCUAUGUCAAAGAACGACGGUCCAUUAUCAAACCCAACGAAGGCUUUAUGAAGCAACUACAUACCUAUAGCGGCAUCCUCAGUGCAAGCCAACAGCGUCACAGCACUCUUUGGAGAAGGAAAUCAAAAGACCAAAGGCAAAAAUCUAUUGCCAAAGAGGCAAAGAAAGUGCAGCAAAACCAAGGAGAGGGAGACGAAGAUGAGGGUGUUGAGGAAGAUGAUGUAGACAGCGGUGAGGAAGACGAUUCAAGCUGUUCAGAUGAAGACAAUGAAGAGGUUUUUCAAGAUUAUGGUAACAGUUCAAACACUCCGGAGUCUACAGAAAAUGACACUUCAGGCACUAGCCCUGCCAUCACAGUCAGUGAGCCUGACAAGGUCAUCCCUAGUGUUAAUCGCAGUGGCAGGAUGAACCUCUUCUCUCUUAUGCAGUCUAUUAGUGAGCUAGAUGAUGACCAGCCAGGAAGUGAGAAGCUCCCAGGCAGUCCCUUUCGCUCUCCAGGACAGAGGAGGCGGAGUAACAGUCGACGAGGCUUGACUCAUCAAAGACAAUGUGUGGAUGUUUCACCUGAGCCUCAAAGCCUUCAAGGUGCUGAACAAAAUCAGUAGCAGGUUUUAAGUACAUGAAAAGGAAAUGAAAGCAACAGCCAAAGAAGACAUUUGGGAUUUAUGUCAUGCCACAUUUGAGAACACUUAAAAAAAUUAUUUUGAUUUAAAAAGUUGCCCAAUCUAAAUCUCUGAACAUUUAUCAGGUUGUUUGUUUUAUCUGCAGUAUUUUGAAGGUUGGGUGUGUGUAAUAGCUGAGAUAGGUGUUUAUGGACUCUUGUUUCUAAAUUACAGUGCACAAAUGAGUAUCAGUCUAAUCCUCCAUGUAGGAUGUCAUAAUCUUUGUUUAUGGUUCAAAAUAUCUAUGCAAUGUCAGACUGCAGUCUUGUGACUAUAUGCUGUCAGUCAAUGCUACAAAAUAAUCAAUUUAUUUUAUGUCUUGAUCAUUACCCUACUAAGUGCAUUAAAGGCAAUGUUUAGGCCAGUUUUAUGGCAUAGGCCUGUCGCCAAAUCAUACGUUCAAAUAUGCCAAGAUUUGUGUUGAAAUGUAUUAUUCAGACUAAAAAGACAAUUACAAACAUGUUCAGGCCACAAGUGCCUUCAGCUGAAAAUGGUGAAACUAAAAUGUUUGACUGUAUUAUGCUUACUACAGUUGUACUGUAUCUUGCUUUGUUUAUUGCAUGUCUGUAUCUGGGCCAGCUGUGUGGUGUUUUUGGGAUGCAUGCUAUGUAUGAGAACAAACUUGAGUUUUCUAUAUUUAUAUAGUAUCUCACAGACUGGGGUAAAUUAUUAAUUCACUGCUUUUCAUCAGCUGAUGUGGAGUAUUUUGAAUUCAUGCUGUUUUUUUCUUUAUAUUUCUACCAAGUCAUAUCAGAUUCUUUUAGUCUGCAUGUUCACCAUGCACUUUAUUAUGUUUAAGAUCACACUGUUCCCACUGCCUGAGCCAAUGCCACGCUGUACAUUGUUGAUUGUCUUUCUGCAUCUCAUAAGCACCCUGGGGGAUGAUAAUUUAUUUUACUCUAUAUAAAUGUCCCUUCUACUUUCCCAAGUGUGAGAAAUAAACAAUUUAUAAUAAA